AACCUAAUUCUAUAAAAGAUGAAGGGAUAUGGGCACAAACAUACAAAUGUGUAGUAACAUCUUCAAUGAAGAGCUGAGGAUGUUGCUUUGGAAAGCUUUAAGUUUGAUUACUCUGCUAAACAGUUUUUUAUCGGCAGCUUCUGUUAAAGCUUCUCCUAUAGAUGUAUACAUUAAAAGCGAAGGGUGUGACGAUCCAGGAAAGACACCGAACACAUGUGGAAUUGCUUAUAUCAAGGUGAACGGCAAGGAUUACUCCCGUCACGGCAGAGGGCAUAACGUUGUUGUUGUGGACGGUGCAACAGGUGUCAUUCUUGCUUCAAAAGUAUUCGACACCCAUGGGAAAAGAUAUGCAGGUGAUAACCUAAGGGAUUACCUCAACAGCAUUAAAGGAAACAAAAUUUUUUUGGUCGCCGUUCAAGACGAAGGCUACAAAUAUUCUUCAUCGGCGAUUAAUGCUCUCAAGAGGCUGGGGGCUAGUGGUUCUGUUCGAGGAAGCCAUCGGUCUUCUUUUGCUUUUGUUGGUUACGCGGGCACAGGACAACAAGCUUGGGUAAAACAGAAGCAGAACGAGAGAUAUCGAGGGCCUAGUGAAAUAACUCAGAACAUUCCCCUUUCAUCAAGAGACUAUAAAUGUCAAAACCGAACUCUACAGGGAGACAACGGCGUCAUUUACUCACCUAACUAUCCAGAAAGAUACCCAGAUGGGCAAUACUGCAUGUGGAAAAUCAUGUUAAAUGCAUCCUAUCAAGUGGCCUUAAUGUUUACGCACUUUAGUCUACAAUCUGAAAACAACACAGACGCUGUUUGUGUGUACGAUGGCACCAACCAAACAGGGAAAGAGUUAGGAGUGUUCUAUGGCGGUCAGCCUCCCCCUAAGAAUGGAAUUUAUUCUUCCUCAAACAGCCUUCUUGUGAUAUUCCGAUCAGAUAAGAAUGGUUCCUUCUAUGGGUUCCAAGCUUCUUAUAGCUCUGUUAAGUGUUCUGGAGCCCGUGGAAUGGAGAGUGGCGCGAUUUCUGAUGCCCGAAUAACUGCAUCCUCGCGAAUGAAUAACAACAGCACACCAAAACAGGCGAGGCUGAACUUCAUUGAACAUGGCAGCAAGCAAGGGGGAUGGUCGUCUCUCGUAAAUGAUCGUAACCAAUGGCUUCAGGUGGAUCUUGGCAGUUACACCACAGUGACAGGUGUGGCGACUCAGGGGAGAAAUUCAACAAAAUUCCAGCAGUGGAUAAAAAGUUUCACUUUACAGUUUAGUUUUGACGGAGUGAUCUUCCAGUUAUACAAAGAACCUGGGAAAAUAUCAGCGAAGGUACUCUAUGGCAAUCAAGACAGUGAUACAGUUGUGUAUAACAAGUUGAUCUCACCAAUCACUGCUCGUUACAUCAGGGUAUUGCCAUUCACGUGGCACAACCAUAUAUCCUUCAGAAUGGAGCUCUAUGGGUGUCGAGGUUGUUCCUCACCACUUGGCAUGGAAAGUCAAGUUAUCUCCGAUACUCAAAUCACUGCCUCCACCCAAUUCAAUGAUGACUAUUCCGCAAAAUUUGCACGGUUAAAACUGGGUGGCUGGUUGGCUGGUAGAGCUGAUUAUGAAGCAUGGCUUACGGUCGAUCUUGGAACUUUCUCAACUGUGACAAGUGUCGCAACUCAGGGAGUGAAAGGGAAAUACAGCUGGCAAAAAUAUUGGACAGUUAGUUACAAUUUACAAUACAGCAAUGAUGGAAAAGCCUUUCAUUUUUACAAGGAACCUGGAGAAACUUUACCAAAGGUGUUUAAUGGGAAUCUAGACUACCAGUCAAUUGUUUCUAAAAAGCUGAAGGAAUCAAUCACGGCUCGUUACAUUCGAUUCAAACCUUUACGCUGGAACAGUUAUAGAGUCGGAAUGCGAGCCGAAAUAUAUGGUUGUCUAGAAUGCGCAUUCCCUCUUGGCAUGGAAAAUAGCUCAAUAUCUGACGCGCAAAUCACCGCUUCCUCGCAGCUGGAUGGAAACCACUCCGCAAAACAAGGCAGGCUGCAUUUUCAGGCCGGGGGAAACAAAGCCGGAGGAUGGUCGGCUCUUACAAAUGAUACUGACCAAUGGCUUCAGGUGGAUUUUGGUAGUCACACUCGAGUGACACAAGUGGCGACUCAGGGGAUGAACGGAGUUGAUGAGUGGGUGACCAGAUACAAGUUACAGUACAGUGAUAAUGGAGUGACUUACAAGUUCUACCAAAAAACUGGAGACACUGCGGUCACGGAGUUAAGGGGAAACCGAGACCGUGACGAGGUUGUGUAUAAUACACUUCGUCCGCCACUCAAAGCACUGUAUGUGCGCAUAAUGCCAACAAAGUGGAACAAACAUAUCUCCAUGAGGAUAGAGCUCUUUGGAUGUCCAGAUCGUAUUUCACCGGUUGGUAUGGAGAGUGGAUUGAUCUCCGAUGGUCAACUCAGUGCAUCAUCUCAACUGGAUGAUAAUCAUGCGCCACAGCGUGCCAGACUGAAUACCAAGAUAAGUGGAAUAAAACAGGGCGGUUGGCUUCCCCUUACAAAUGACCGUGAUCAAUGGCUUCAGGUGGAUGUUGGUAGUUACACUCGAGUAACACGAGUGUAAUACCAAGGAAGGGAUGGCUAUGACCAGUGGGUGACUUCCUUUGAGUUAAAAUACAGUAUUAACCAAAUCACUUACAAGUCUUACAAAGAAGCUGUUAGAGGCAACCCCAAGAUGUUCACCGGAAACAGCGAUAGUGAAACUGCUGUUUACAAUAUUCUCAAACCUCCAAUCACAACACGGUACAUAAGGAUCUUACCAAUAGCGUGGUAUACAAGUAUAGCGAUGAGAAUAGAGAUCUACGGUUGUACAGUGUGCAACACACCUCUUGGAAUGGAAAGUGGAGCAAUCAAGGAUUCGCAAAUAACCGCUUCUACACAGUGGGAUGACAAUCAUGCUACAUCAAGGGCCAGGCUGAAUUUUAAAUUGACUGGGGUAAAGAGGGGAGCCUGGUCAUCUCGUGUAGUGGAUGAAAAACAGUGGCUUCAAGUGGAUCUUGGCAGCUAUACCACUGUGACUGGCGUCGCAACUCAGGGGAGGAAUGGACAUUGGCCAGGGCAGUGGGUGACCAAGUACAGGUUGCAAUAUAGUAAUGAUGGAGUGAACUUCCAUUUCUACAAAGAAAAAAGCGACAACUCGUUCAAGCUGUUUGAUGGUAAUCAAGACACCGACAAAAUUGUAUAUCACAAAUUGGCAAGGCAAAUUACGGCACGUUACAUCCGGUUCAUCCCGGUGGCGUAUAGCGGUCAUAUCGCUAUGAGAGUGGAAAUCUAUGGCUGCGAAGGAUGCUUUUCACCGCUUGGUAUGGAGGAUGGAAUGAUCACUGAUAUCCAGGUCAGUUCUUCUUCACGACUGGAUGACAAUCAUUCACCAAGUCAGGCCAGAUUGAAUUUUAAAGAAGAAGGAAAUAAGGCUGGUGGAUGGUCGGCUCAGAUAAACGAUAAAAACCAAUGGCUGCAGGUCGAUCUUGGCAGUUAUACUAGAGUGACGCGUGUGGCGACUCAAGGGUUGAAUGCCAACGACGAAUGGGUGACCAAGUACAAGUUACAGUACAGUGACGAUGGAAAAAAAUUCCAGUAUUACAGGCAACAGGGUGACAAUUUAUGGACGGUGCUGAAUGGGAAUAAAAGAAGUGAUGCAGUUGCAUAUAACAAUCUGAAUCCUCCAAUCACAGCACGGUUUAUACGGUUUAUACCAACCGGUUGGCACAAUAAGAUCUCCAUGAGAACUGAGAUCUAUGGCUGUCCAGCAUGUAUGACUUCCCUUGGAAUGGAGAGUGAGGCAAUAGAAGAUGCUCAGAUUAGUGCUUCUUCGCAUCUGGACGGUAACCAUUCUGCAAUACAGGGAAGACUGCACCUUAAGAGAAAUGAUCAAAAGCAGGGUGGCUGGUCGGCACUCACAAAUGACCGUAAUCAGUGGUUGCAAGUGGACCUAAAUGCUUUUGCUCGGGUAACGGUAGUAGCGACUCAGGGGAGACAUGGAUUCAAAGAAUGGGUCACCAAAUACAGUUUGCAGUACAGCGAUGAUGGUGUGACCUUCACUCUCUACAAGGAAUCUGACAGCAGCUCAGGAAAGGUGUUUGCUGGAAAUCAAGAUUCAGAUACUGUCGUGUACAACAAACUGACCUCACCAAUAACAGCUCGGUACAUACGGCUGAUACCAAUGACUUGGAAUAACCACAUCUCGAUGAGGAUGGAAUUACAUGGCUGCCCAGGCAGUUUGAAAUCCUUAUGUUGGUGAAGGGAAAUUUUUUUCGAAUUUAAUUGGCCAUCAGCAAACCGAUUUUGAACAUUAAAAAAGUAGUUCAGGUGUUAUGCUCAUGACUGGGCAGCGUAAAAAGGGCAGUCUAAGCGUCAUGCCUUUGUUACGUAGUUCAUACGUACUAUUGUAUUGACUCUUGGGCCACUUUUUCGCGUCGACUGUUACAUUUUCACUUAGAAAAUAGAUUGAAACGGUGGGUAUUUUGUUCCUAACAAUUUUUCAAAGUUCUGAUAAAUUAGUGACAGAAGUUUGUGUCGCCCAAAUCUGUGCGUGAUCAUACUGGUGAUCACGGGAUCUAGUUCGGACUCCCACUUCGCAAUCGUCCAAAUUCCCUAAACCGCAUUUGUUAUUACAGAAAACUUCGCUUUGAAUUUUAAUCUAGGAUGUCUGUCACCGUAUGGCAUGGAAAAUCAAAAAAUUUCUGAUUCCCAAAUUAAGUCGUCUUCACAACUGGA